AUGGAGAAAUACUUUCCACGAGAUCUGAGAUAUCGAAAACAGGUGGAAUUCCUUGAGUUGAAGCAAGGAGAGGAUUCUGUGGUUGAGUAUGUGACUAAGUUUGAAGACCUCGUUAGAUUUUGUCCCAUGUAUGAUGGUGUGGGUAAUGAAGAGGACAAGUGUGUGAAGUUUGUGAGUGCUCUUCGCCCUGAGAUCAAACAAGUCCUCAAUUACCAAGGGAUCACUGAAUAUCAUGAAUUGGUAAACAAGUGUCGAGUUUAUGAUGAGGAAAACUGUUCUAGAGUAACUCAUUAUAAGAGUGGAGGACCCAUGAAGAAUCAUAAUAAGUUUGGGUCAUCUAGUAAGGGUAAACCUUACACCAAGUCUGUUGGGGAAUCGGGUUCUAAAGUGAAUAACCAAGGUUCUGUGCACCACAGGAACCAAGCUCCAAUGGCUAGUCAAACUUCUAGAGGGGGAAGUGUGGGUUCUAUUCCACACAACAUCUGCUUCAACUGUGGGGAGCCAGGUUAUAGGGCAUAUGAGUGUCAGGUUUCAAGAGUAAUAACAUGUUUUAACUAUCAAGAGAAAGGACACAAAGCUCAUGAAUGCCCUAAGAACAAGAAAGGAACAACAAGAGUUGGAGGGAGCGCUAGCAAAGCUAGAGCGAUAGGAAUGGUGUUUGCCUUGAGUGGCGCUGAAGCUACUCAAUCCGAAGACUUAAUCCAGGAUAUGUGUUUCAUCUAUGGAACUCCUCUAAUUUUUUUGUACGACUCUG